UCAGAGAUAUUGCAAUUGAAAAAGAAAUUGGCCUCAGAGAACGAAUGAAACUGUUGGGAGCCACCACAAUUAUUCAAUGGACUGCCUGGUUUAGCAUGUCUUUCAUCUGCGUAUCAAUCACAGUGUUUCUCAUUGAUAUGGUUUUGAAAAUCAGUUUUUGGUAUAAAGGUGAAAGCGUCGCAUUGCUGCAUCACACUGACGCAUUGAUGAUUCUCUUUUUAUUACAUCUAUACGGAGUGGCAUUGGUAACAUUCUGUCUAGCAAUGGGUGUGCUUUUUAAGCGAGCCAAUUCGGCAGCCAUUUAUGGAUGCUGUAUAUUUGUGCUCAUGUAUUUGCCUUUGGUGUUGAUUUUCUUCAACUCAGGCGUACCUUUUUAUUGUUUUGUGAUUUUAUGUUUGUUCUUCAAUACUGCCAUGGGAUUAGCAUUUUAUAUAAUCGUCCAUUAUGAAAUGUCCGGCGAAGGAGCUAAUCUUUAUAAUAUGUUUCACACUGUAACUCCGGACCAUGGUAUUACUCUGUGUGUGGUAAUGCUAAUGUUGAUUGUGGAUUCUAUUAUGCAUUUCUGUAUUGCCCUGUAUGUGGAUGAAGUAUUUCCGGGACAUUAUGGAAACCCCAAAAAAUGGCAUUAUAUUUUUGAUUGUUUUAAGAAGAAAAAACAUAAAGAAGUUUUUUUAGAAUAUUCUGACGACGUAGCUUCACCAUCGUCGGAAUACUUUGAAGCUACUCUGGUAACUUUACCAGUUGGCGUGGAGACCAGAAGGCUUUCAAAAUCAUAUCCCACUCAGCCGGACGCCGUGAACAACCUGAAUAUGAAACUUUACAGUAACGAAAUCACAGUUUUAUUGGGUCAUGAUGGUUCCGGGAAAAGUACCAUUAUGUUAAUGCUAAGUGGAAUCCUACAACCAACUUGGGGUUCAAUAACAUAUAAUGAAUUACAACAAGAUCCAAAUUUAAAAGACUUCCAACAAAUGAUUGGCUUUUGCCCACAGCAAAAUAUCCUCUUCGAUCAUUUAACUGUUGAUGAUCACAUUUACCUCUUCACAAGACUAAAAGGUGUUGAGUUUCCAAUGGAAAAUCAGGAGGUGGAUUAUUACACGAAAUUAAUGAAAAUGGAACAUUUGAGAAAUACAAGAACAAAACGAAUAUCCGACGGAAUGAAACGCAGGCUUUCGGUGGCGAUUGCAUUUUGUGGCUUCUCUAAAGUGGUUCUUCUUGAUGAACCCACAGCUAAAACAGAUCCUGCAACGAGGCGAGCUAUUUGGGAUGUGAUUAUCUCUCAAAAAGAAGAGAGAACUAUUCUCUCAACUACUCGGUUUGCUGAGGAGGCGGAAAUUUUAGGUGAUCGCAUCGCCAUAAUCAAUAAGGGUCAACUGCAGUGCAAUGGUUCCGCAAAUUAUUGGGAAACGAAAUUUGUGAAUAAAUAUCAUCUAAGCAUUAUGAAAACAUUUGAGUGUAAUAUGGAUAAUAUUAACAGCAUAUUAACUGAAAAUUUAUCACAAGAUUCAGUUAGUAUAGUAUCAGACACAACCGAAGAAGUAAUUUUUGCAAUUGCAAAAAGUGAUUGUCAUCUAUUCCCUGGAUUAUUUGCAAUUUUUGAGAGUGACAUGGAAACGCUUGGUAUUAAAAGUUUUGCAGUUCAUUUCACAACAAUCGAAGAAAUAUUACUCAAACUUGGCACUAUUCCAACAACCUCAUCAACAAAUAUUGUGUCGAUUGAUCAUCACAAGAAAGCAUCCGGUCUAAAAUUAUCCUGUAACAGAUUAUUCGCUUUGGUUUUGAAGCGUGUUUAUUACUUUCGACACAAUCGAAGUCAUUUUCUAAUGAUGUUUCUUCUGCCAGUUAUUUUUUUCCUGAUUGCUUAUGCUUUAACACCUGUUAGAAGCCAUGACAACUUCAUGCCACCAAAAUCCAUAACAAUGGAAGAUUACACGCAAGUGGAAGUGUUAAUGCAGGACCUUGCAAAUGAUUCGGUGUAUAAGAAAUAUGCGCAGCGUUUUUUCGGAGAUAAGUCGAUUGUGUCGAGGAGUGUUGACGAUUUGCUCCUGGAAUUAUUACAGAUGAUCAAACCAGCUAGACGCGAAGCGCUGCUGUCUUAUAUUUUGGCUUUGGAGUUAUUUGAAGAAACAAUUAUUGUGUGGUUUAAUGCUGAACCUUAUCACACACCGCCUUUGGCGUUAAAUGUUGCAUACAACACAAUUUUGAAAAGAUUGGAUCCUGAAUUUGAAAUAAUAGUGAUUAAUCAUCCGUUGCCCACUGGAGUUUUAUCACAGUUGGAUUCACCUUUGAGUAAUGGAUCGUUAAUUGCGUACGUUGUGGUGAUUGGUCUUUGUUUAUUCGGUGCUGUGAAUGCAAAGUUUUACGCUGAUGAACGCAAGUCUAAAGUGAGGCACUUGCAGAUCGUAUCCGGUGUUGGAGGCUGCAAAUUUUGGUGGAUGGCUUUGAUAAUCGACUGUUGUUUGUAUAGUUUCCUAGUUGGUUUACUGGUGGGAAUACUGUUACUCUUGCAGUUUUUAACUUUCGCUGCGUUUGACGAUAUAGUUGUAUUUGUGAUAGUGUUGAUGUACUUUGGUGGCUUCAUGCUGCCUGCAAUUUAUUUAUUUACAAGCUGGUGUAGUGCAAAAGUCACUUUAGCCAUUAUAUCCAUAGGAGUGGUGUUUCAUAUAGCUUUAAAUUUCGUUAUGAAUUCCAUAUCGGAAUCAAUUAUUACUUGGAUUGAUAAAGUUUUAAGUUAUACUGGAAGUUACGCAGCGGUCGCUGGUCUAAUAAAACUCUAUGCAGAAUCAGCGCGUGUUAAACAAUGCAAAGAAAUCCUAGAUUUAUGCCUAAAAACUCUCCCAGUAUCCGAGGAUGAAUGUUGGAUUGUGAUCGUUCGGUUGGAAGAACGUUGCAAAGAACAAGAAAAACAAUUAUUCGGUUGGGGCCAAUUUGAAAUCACAAGAUACCUAUUUGGUUCUUUACUCAUUGGUGGUAUUUUAUUCCUGAUAUUAUUGCUAUAUCAAUCACAUGGGUCUGAAAUAGCGUAUUGCUGUAACUCAAAUUGUUGCCCUAAAUUUAACAAACUGCCAAUGCAUACGUCAAGAUCAAACUCGUUCAAAAUGAUGAAAGUUCCAGAUAAUGACGUUUUACUCGAAACUGAUUAUGUGAAAAAAUUGACCAAAGCAGAAAGACGGCAAAAAAGUUUGAUACUAAGGAAUGUGAUGCAUAAUUACUGCAGUAGUAUAGCAAUUAAAGGAAUUAACGUCGCUAUCAAACCGUUUGAAUCUUUUGUAUUCAUUGGAGCAAAUGGUUCUGGGAAAAGCAGUCUUUGUGGAAUGAUCACUGGAGACCUGCUUAUAUCAUCCGGAGAUAUUUUUAUUAAUGGAUUAAGCAUUAAAAAAAAUCAAAAUGCAAUUAGUAAAUACAUUGGAUAUUGUCCAUAUUCUCACGCGUUGUUCAACACAUUUACCGUUCGUGAAACUUUAUACUUUUUCGGAUUGUUAAAAGGAUACAACUGGAAUGAGAGAUAUUCAUUCGCAAACACAUUCGCUUCCGAGUUCGAAAUAACAUCAGAACUGGACGUGAUGAUCAAUCAAUUAAGUGUGACCAAUAAAAGAAAAUUAAAUAUAGCUUUAGCAAUAAUGGGAGAUCCACACAUACUGUGUCUGGAUGAGCCUACAAUCGGUAUGGAUCCAACAUCAAAACAAUAUAUAUGGGAAAUAAUAAAACGAUUCCACAAACGCGGAAAAUGUAUAAUACUCGCAACGCACAAUAUGGAAGAAUGCAAAGCGUUAGCCACUCGUAUUGCAGUCGUCUUUGAAGGACAACUCAGUUGUAUAGGUACAAUACAACAUCUUCGAAAUAAAUUCUCAACAGGGAUUAUUUUAUCUAUUCGUCUGCCUAUGCCUGCCAACGCUAAAAUGGGCACGAAAAAGACAGAAGAAGUGCAUACUAAUGUAACGCAGCGUUUUCCUAAUGCAGUGCUACGUGAACGUCACAUGCAAUUUUUAAAGUACGAAGUAGUCUACGAUGAAGCCUUGAGUUGGUCGCAGGUGUUCGCGAACAUGUUGUAUAUUGAUAGCAGCGUAUCCGUGCUGGACUUUUCUAUCGCGCAGAUGAGCUUCGAGAAAGUUUACAUGCGCAUCGCACGAGAAGAAGACGCGAAACAAAGCACGGAAUAAUUUCAUUGCCGGUUUGUGGUUGUCGGGUUGAAAUGGGACCUUGACUCGGCACGCGAGUGAGACUUAGAUAUAUUGCGCUGUAGAGUACAACAACAUUGAAUAUUGUUAUAUGUGCGUGCGGGUGUUAAACCGCAGAGGGUGAGGCACGAGGAGGAUAAUAAUGUAUCAUCUGUAGUGUACGGUGCAAUAUGCUUCAAUUGCACGCACCAGCUCAUUUCUAGCUAAUUAGA